CCUCCUUUUAAAUUGGUCUAGCCGCCCGUUGUCACUGUAUACCAUCAUUUUCACACAUCAUCAACCCACAAACAAGAACCCUAAAAUCAGAAUCGGUAGCAUUCCUUGACCAAAAAUCUCAAGAAUUUCUAAGUAUGAAAACUGAUAAAAAACCACCGCUUGCGAAAUCUCCGAUGAGGAUUCGUGGGCGUCGAUCAGUUCUAAAACCAUCUAACACAAAUACACCUUUUCGUACACCAGUGUUAUCCACCAAAUUCCAAAUGAAAGAAUCAGAAAACAGGCCGGAAUUCGCAAAAGUUUCAUGUGAAUUAAGGGCUUUACAAAAAAUGGUGCAAAUGGAAUUAGGAGCAAUCAAUUCUGAAAACAAUGUGUAUUCCAGUUAUCCAACUAUUGGUGGUAGUAAUUUGUUUGAAAGGGGUAGAUUUUACGAUGUUUAUUCCGAGAAAAGGAAUGAAAGAUUAAGAAUGAAAAAACAGAACGAAACAGUUGAAGAGGAGUCAAAAAGUGCAUACAAUUUAGGCGUUAAAGCUGAUUCAACUAAGAAAAAAGAAUCAAAGAAAAAAUGCGAGUCUUUGAAGAAGACAAUGAUGGCUGCUGCAACCUAUUCGGUUGAUCGUAGCCAACAUCCGAGGUACGCGCUGAGGAGCACCACUAAGAAGCCACCAUUGCCGUCGAUGUCCAUGGAUGUUGAUGAGAAGUUAACUACCAAAAGGACUAUUAGUACAAGAAGCAGGAAAAAGUGAAUUUAUGUUUGGCUAAAUGUUGCAAUGGUUUUCUUUGUUUUAGUCCAUCUAUUGUGGACAUUGUAGCAAACUUUUCUUUUUAGUUCAUUCAUCGCUGACAUUAUGAAAACGAUUAUUUUCAAUAUUUGAGUUCUUUAUUUUAAUUAUUUGUAUUCAUAUAAGUUAUAUCAAUUGUGGACAUUAAAAGCUUCUCGAUUUUUUUUGUAUUGUACUAUUAUGUAAGUAGAAAAUUGAAUGUUUUAUAAGGGAUUUGAUCUCUA